CGCGCAUGCGCUCAGCGGACAAAGGGCUCUGGGGAAUCGGCGGCAGGUUGGAAACAGCAAAGAAUUUGUGAACAGGAUUCCCAACACCGGAACACGUCAGCGUUGCUGUCUCUGUCCAGAUAUUUCCUUUGUAACACUGAUAUAUCUUGUAGAUCCCUGGAGAUGAAGAAGUGUCUUGUCCCAGCUGAAAACGUGCUUUGUGUCUGAAAUGACAUUUUCUAUUGUAACUCAGUGAAAUCCACUGGAACCGGGUGCAGAGAACACACCAGCAUUUGUUCAUUAGAGAGAAGCUCUUCAACUGCAUUGAUUGUGCGAGGGAUUCACUACGUCUGACAUCUGACUUGAUACAUUGUCAGACAGUUGAGAGAACAGUGGGAAAGGAUUCACUCACUCAUCCCACCUGCAGAAACACCAGCAAGUUCACACUGAGGAGAGACCACUCACUUGAUUAUAUUGUGCGAAGGGAUUUGCUCGAUCAUCUCAACUGAAGGUACAUCAGCAAGUUCACAGUGGGGGGGGAGGCUGUUCAUCUCUUCUGUGUGUGGGACGGGAUUCACUCAGUCAUCCAACCUUGUGACGCACUGCAGUCACACCAGUCAGUUCACACUGGGGAGAUGCUGUUCACCUGCUCAGUCUGUGGGAAAGGAUUCACUCAGUCAUCUAACCUGCUGGCACACCAGUCAGUUCACACUGGGGAGAGGCCAUUCACUUGCUCAGACUGUGGGAAAGGAUUCACUUACUCGUCUAACCUACAGAGACACCAGUCAGUUCACACAGGAGAGAGGCCGUUCACCUGUUCUUUGUGUGGGAAGGGAUUCACUCGGUUGUCCAGCUUGCAGACACACCAGUCAGUUCACACUGGGGAGAGGCCGUUUACCUGUUAUGUGUGUGGGAAGGGAUUUGCUUCGUCAUCUCAACUGAAGGUACAUCAGCGAGUUCACACCGGGGAGAGGCCAUUCACAUGUUCUCUGUGUGGGAAGAGAUUCACUCAGUCAGUCAGCCUCCAGAGACACCGGUCAAUUCACACUGGAGAGCGACCGUUCACCUGCUCAGAAUGUGGGAAGGAAUUCUCUCAGUCAUUUCAACUGAAGGUCCAUCAGCGAGUUCACACUGGGGAGAGGCCAUUUACCUGCUCAGACUGUGGGAAGGGAUUCACGCAGUCAUCGCACCUUCAGAUACACCAGUCAGUUCACACUGGGGAGAGGCCUUUCACCUGUUCUGUGUGUGGGAAGGGAUUCACUUCGUCAUCUCAAUUGACAGUACAUCAGCGAAUUCACACUGGGGAGAGGCCAUUCACCUGUCCUGUGUGUGGGAAGGGAUUUGCGCAGUCAUCUCACCUGAAGGUACAUCAGCGAGUUCACAGAGGAAAGAGGUCGUUCACCUGCUCAGAAUGUGGAAAGGAAUUCGCUCGGUCAUCCCAUCUACAGAAACACCAGUCACUUCACACUGGGGAGAGGCCAUUCAGCUGCUCAGACUGUGGGGAGGAAUUCACUCUGUCAUCCCACCUACAGAUACACCAGACAGUUCACACUGGGGAGAGGCCAUUCACCUGUUCUGUGUGUGGGAAGGGAUUCACUUCGUCGUCUCAACUGAUGGUACAUCAGCGUGUUCACACUGGGGAGAGGCCAUUCAUCUGUUCGGUGUGUGGGAAGGGAUUCACUCAGUCAUCCAGUCUACUAAGACACCAGUCAGUUCACACUGGGGAGAGGCCAUUCACCUGCUCAGACUGUGGGAAGGAAUUCUCUCAGUCGUUUCAACUGAAGGUCCAUCAGCGAGUUCACACUGGAGAGAGGCCAUUCACCUGCUUAGAUUGCGGGAAGGGAUUCACUCGGUCAUCCCACCUACAGAUACACCAGUCAGUUCACACUGGGGAGAGGCCAUUCACCUGCUCAGACUGUGGGAAAGGAUUCACUCAGUCAUCCAGCCUCCAGACUCACCAGUCAAUUCACACUGGUGAGAAGCCGUUUACUUGUUCCGUGUGUGGGAAGGGAUUUGCUCGGUCAUUUCAACUGAAUGUACAUCAGCGCAUUCACACUGGGGAGAGGCCAUUCACCUGCUCAGACUGUGGGAAGGGGUUCUCUCAGUCAUCUGAUCUGAAGGUACAUCAGCGAGUUCACACUGGGGAGAGGCCAUUCACCUGUCCUGCGUGUGGGAAGGGAUUUGCUCAGUCUUCUCAACUGAAGGUACAUCAGCGAGUUCACAGUGGGGAGAGGCCAUUCACCUGCUCAGACUGUGGGAAGGGAUUCACUCAGUCAUCUGACCUUGUGGUGCACUACCGAAUUCACACUGGGGAUGAAGUUGAAAUAAGCUGCUUGCUGGAUGUUUAACCAUCACAGUUGCUAAAUUCAGAGGCAAGUUCAAAAGUGACUGUCGGUGUUGAACUCUGUAAUUAUUGCUGCUGCUCAUCACACCCAGUUCUGUACCCUGGUCACUGGGCAUGGGAGGAGUUUCUUCUGCUGAUGUUCACCUUUAAUGGGACUGGAGUUUCAUAUUCUGGAUCUGUGACUAAUAAAUCAGUUCUAUUUUAAACUCUGUCUCGGGUGCCAAAUAAUUCUACAACACACCCAGUAUACAGUAGGGAGUCAAUUCUGCCAGUGUUUCUGUUCUACAACAGUCCUUUCAAAUUCAUCCCUGCUGUUCACCUCUCGCUGUCCCUGUGGUGAUGAUGAUGGUGACAACAACGUCGACUCAGACCUGAGAGGCCAGUGUCGGGCAUUUUCAUGCCUUACAAGGCGCAGUUGGAAAGGCUGUGUGGGGCACCACUCCUCGCACAGACACUUCGCAAUAUUAUUUUACGAGGCCGAGUUGCGAGCUUGACAUCAACCCGGCGCGGAUGGAGAGAGUCUGUCACUGGAUCGAACUCGGGAACCUACGUUCUCGAGCCUGGCGCUGAUCUCACUGCGCCACCAUCGGUGAUGGGUUCCAAAUAGUCACCAUCUGUGGGUGAAGAGUUCUCCCUUGAGUUUCCUGCAUGGCUCUGCAGACUGAAGAAGAUGAUGAACUGACUGCAGUUAUGCCUGACAUGUUCUCAUCCAUUAAAUCUCUGGACCAAGUAAGAAUGACUUUAAUAGUUAAUCUCCAUAUUCCCUGCUCAUCUCAACUUCAUGGGUAAUUUUCACUGCUUCUAUAUCCGACUGGUUAUUAUAGAUUGCCCUAUCUGUAAUAAUAGUUUGGUCAUAAUAUAAUUUGUAGGCUUCUGACUCUAAAACUGGAUCAGGUUUGUAUUUAUAGUUAGUUAUGGUGUGUUUUCUGAGUUUGUAUUUUAAAGCAAGAUUUUGGUGGAUGAUGAUUGCCACUUGAUUGCACCUGUGUAAGUAAUCAGAUUGAGUGAAAUUGCAGGAUCCUGUAAUGUGUUCAGUUGUUUCUGGUUUCUCUUGGCAUAUUCUGCGUUUAUCCUCUGGAAUGUGUUGAUCUUUAAUUAUGUAUUUUUGAUAAUUUUUUGUGUUAGUCACCUGGUCCUGUAUUUCCACAAGAAACCUCUCUGUUUCUGGGAAGAGGUCUCCCACCUUGAGCCAGGAGUUCGAUACUUCCAUGUCAACCUGUGGUAUGCUCAGAUCAUGGGGAUGUCUUCCAUGAAAGGUCAUGCUCUUCCAUUGGUUAACUUCUUCUUCUGGACUGAUAAUUUAUUCAAAGUUCUGUUAACAAGAGUUACCUCAUAGUAUCAAUAACUAUUUGGGCAUAGAAAGAAUCUUUAUUUACUAAUGAGUACUUGUAUCGUCUCAACUAACAAGCAUGUGAAUUGUCAAGGAAUAGAAAAGAUAAUACCCGGUAAAGCAGUCUACGCUGGUCAGGCAUUCCUCUUUGUCCCAGUCCAGUUUCUACAUGUCUGGUAUGGGGUUGCUCAUACCCGUAUCUGCCAUGAUUAUUAUUCAGAGUUAUCGUUGUCUCACAUUCGAAGCCUCUCAUUUUUAUUCACUUAUCAUACCAAUUCAAAUUGUGCAAUUCAGUCUUGUUGGCUUGAGGGAAUCUUACUGGCUUGUGUCACCUUAUUGGCUCUGGUCCAAGCCAGCAUCCAGUUAUUGCUCUCUUCUGCAAGUGAUAAGUGAUAAUUUAUGUCUCCUUGUUCUAAUACAGUUACUAAACCAGUAACCAACUUGAAUCACUCAGGGUAGACACUGACCCCACCAUUCACAAACCUGCAUGUUAUAUCAUACCAAAGAACACUUUACAAAUAACUUCUUGUUUGAAAUGACUCUAUUCCAGAAGAUUACUUGGAGUAUCAAUGUGUCUACUUCAAAAUACUGACUGAGCCAAACAAAACCAGGUCACAAAAUGAUGGCUAGAGAGCAGCUUCACUCAAUAUUUCAUUUGCUGUGUCAGCGUGUUUCUUAAUUACUGUGUGUUUAUUCCAUUGAUGGAUUAUUGCCUCCUCCACAACUCGUCUGCAGUCAAGUGAGGAAUCAGUGGAAUCUCGGUAACAACAUAGUCCCACAAAGAUUGAUUGUGACGGUCUCCUUCGUUACCGUGAUGGCUGAGACAAAGUUGAUCCUCCAAUAGUCAGAUCUAAAUUCACGCUCCCAAUGGCAACUUUGUGACUUUCCAAAAGACACUGUUUCCAUCCGUUGAUAUAACUCAUGGCUGCUGUUGCUAUAAAAUAUGUCUGUCCCACCAAUACAGACAGCAAAAAAGACUCAUUACUUACAGAUAAAACAGACAAUAAACAAUUUUCUUAAAUACUGAAACCACAAUUCAUACAGUAAGUUGUUUCUUGUCACUUCUUCUGGGUUUUGGUCAGAAAGGGUGAAAAUCAGUAUACAGGAAUGAAUUUUGUGAGACUGUCCUUGCAGCCCCGAUUUUGUGAACUGUUUAAUGAACUAAUUCUUGCUCUGGAAUAACUUAAUCAGACCAAUUGAAUGUGGACACAAGGAGUCUCAGCUGAUGACCUGCUAACCUGCGACCAUUCUCAGAAAAGUAGCUAUGUAUUAUGUAAAGUGACAGGCUUGCAGGAGAGGCUCAGCACCUGGAUCACCUGGUUUGACUGCUUUGAACCAGUGAAGAGUUGAAAAGAACAAAAGGCACGGGGCUGAGGGCAAAGACCAUAGAGUAAUGUUGGUUGUACCCUGGACCAGAGCCAACAAGGUGAUGGGAUGGAACCGCAACAUUUGAACUAAUAUGAAGUGUUUUUAUAAAAGUAAGGAGCUUUGAAUGCAAAGGAGUGACAACUCUGCAGAGACUAAAUAUUGUAGAUGUGGAGGACCUCACAGACACGAGGAAACUGGAGUGGGACCACAAGGAACACAUGACCAGCGUAAACUCCUUUCCUGGAUAUUAUCUUCUAAGUUGUUUGACUGAUCAUGGGGGGGUCAAGGAAAAGUAGUAGGUGUGCACACAGGUAUUUGGUUUUGUAAAUUCAUGUACUUUUUAAUUGAGACAAUAAAGAUACUUGUCAGUAAAUACAGUUUCUCUCUGAUCAUUAUUACUAAGGGGUAAUCCUUAUACUAUCGGCAACC